GCUCUCUCUCUCUAGUAAACACAUUCCCCCUGACUCACUGCUCUCACAGAAAGGAGAAGGUCGACGUUAGAAACCAGAAGUACGCAGCAGAAGACAGAACUUGUAAAGAAGGAUACAUUCAAUAACUUUUAAUCAGAAGAAAACAAGGUGAUGGCCGUGUCCGUCUCCAGGGAUCUAACCGUUCAGGUGCUGGAAGAUGUGAAUACUGUGAAGCUGACUGACCGACAACAGGCACUGCGAGCUGCUAUCCAAAGAGGAGAACCGAAAUGUCUGGGGGUGAGUCAGGUGAUGCUGGGGUUGAUGGUCAUGUCCUACUCCAUUCCUCUUCACUUCACCGAGUUCACUGAGGUGGUCACUCUGGGGGUUCCUUGGUGGAGCGGCCUGAUGUUCGUCACAGCGGGAGUCGUCGCUAUCGUCUUGGACAAAAACUGCACCAUGAAGUUUCUGCAGCUGUGUUUGAUGGUGACUGUGGUGUCCGUUGUGCUGUCAGUGGUGGCUGUGAUCAUCUAUUCCGUGGACAUGGACAAGCAUCCUGAGGUGCCUUGUGUCAAGACGAUACAUGACGGCUGCAACGACGAACACUACGCCACGAGGCUAAGCAGGGGUUUGAAGUCGUCUCUCCUUCUCUUCACUCUGGCCCAGACAGCCAUCUCUGCCAUCCUUAGCUUCCUACUCUUCCGACAGAGACGCAGCUUCGGGCAGUAUGCUUCUCUCACUUCAGCUGGUCCUCCGACCCCCACAGCUCUGAUACCCCCCGACUUCAACUGACCAACCAUUGGACCAGCGGUCGCCGUGGAGACAGAUCCCCCCUCGUUAGGAUGAUCAGCUGUGUUCUGUAAUUAAUCCACGUCUGGAGUUGUAUCUGUUUACUUGUAUCUUAAUCACCGUCCUGUCUGGCAUGUUGACACCAGAUUGUUUCAUCAAGGCCUGAAUAUUAGAAUAUUCAGUCAAAUGGUUCAAACCUCGAUCUAAUGAACAAGUCACCUGUAAUAAAUAUAACAGUAAAUAAUGGCACAAAUAGAACCUCCUGAAUAGUUUUACACAAAUGUACUGAAUGUGACACAAUAAACGUGGUUUGUUUUCUGGGUGGUACAGGGUUUAAACCGGGAGUGUCAAAUUCAUUCUAGUCCAGGUUCCACAUCCAGUCCAGUCUGAUCUGCAGUGGACGGGCCAGUUUUACUAUAUGAUCAAAACGACAAAAGUCAGAUUAAAAAAAGACAAAAAAAACAACAAAAAGAAGACAAAAUAUUGUGAAAAUGAGAUACAGAACAUCAAAAAAUGCAACAAACGACCCAAAAUAUAAAAAAGACACAAAAAAUUAGACAAACAAGUAACAAAAAAAUGGAUAAACGACAAAAACGAGACAAAAACACACAAAAUGGCGUGCGAAACAAUGAAUAAAGCAAAACAUAAAAUGACAAAAUAAGACAAAAAACAAGCGAGACAAAAAGAAAACACAAAACGACAAAAACAUGAGACGAAAGUCAGACAAAAAGCAACAAAAAUGAGACAAAAUAUUACAAAAAAUAGACAAAAUGACAAAAACAAGACACAAAACAAUAAAAAAAUCUGAAAAAUGAUACGAAAAAAAUAAAAAAGUGACAAAAAUUUGACAAAAAAGUCACAGUGACAAAAAAAUGGACACAAACUAGACAAAAAAUGACAAAAAAAGAAAAAAUAUUACAAAAACGAGACACAAAACGACAAAAGAACAAUGAACAAUCUAGUAUUUUACUUUAGGAUCAAAACAACUUGUCAUGGUCUAGAAAUUAUUUUAAAUUUAUAGUUAUUACAAAUUCUAAAUUUAUUAUUAUGAGUUAUUAUAGUCAUAGCAGUCACAGUGGUUCAACUAUAACUCGACAUCUUGGUUAACAUGUAAGAAAAAAAGAUUUUUGCGUCUCAUAAUUCGGAAAAUCAUGAGAAAAGAAAAAAGUUGUUCAAAGAUCCUGAUUUUGUUUUUUGUUGAUCAUGUGAAAUGGCCAGGCAAGCAGUAAAAUAUAGUUUCCUCUAUUGCAUAAGCAAGAAACUGCAUCGUUUCUAAGGAAGAGGCUUUAGUUUCAGAGGAAGAUGCACUGUCAGCAGAGAUUCUGCACAAACCCUGAACCAGAGGUCUCCAACAUGAGGCCCGCGGGACAAAAGCGGUCCUCCAGAGGGUUCAAUCCGGCCCUCAAAGUGUAAAAAUUCCAGAGAAGACAUUAACUGCAGAUUGUAAAUUAGUUAAACUAUAAAUUUAAAGUCAUUUCUAGACCAUGACAAGUUGUUUUGACCAGAGGGUAAAAUACUAGAUUGUUCAUUGUUGUUUUGUCAUUUUGUGUCUCAUUUUUGUCUUGUUUUUGUUGUUUUUUGUCUGAUUUUCGUCUCAUGUUUUUGUCGUUUUGUUUCCCGUUUUUGUCAUUUUGUGUUUCUUUUCUGUCUCACUUGUGUUUUUUGUCUUAUUUUUGUCAUUUUGUGUUUUGCUUGAUUCGUUGUUUUGUGUGGAAUUUUUGUUGUUUUGUUUAUUAGCUCGUUUUUGUUCUUUGUCCUUUUUUUGUCGCUUUGUAACUUUUUUGUCGAAUUUUUUGUCUCUUUUUUGUUUUGUUUCGUAUCGUUUGUCAAUUUUUUGUCCUUUUGUGUCUUGUUUUUGUCAUUUUGUGUCUUCUUUUUGUAGUGUUUUGUUGUUUUUUGUCUGACUUUCGUCUCAUGUUUUUGUCAUUUUGUUUCUGGUUUUUGUCGUUUUGUGUUUCCUUUUCGUCUCGCUUGUGGUUUUUGUCUUAUUUUUGUCAUUUUGUCUUUUGCUUUAGUCGUUGGUUUGUGUGCUGUUUUUGUCGUGUUUUUUCUCUUUUUGUGGUUUGUUCAUUUUUUUGUCGCUUUGUGUCUCAUUUUCGCAAUAUUUUGUCGUUUUUGUUGUUGUUUUGUGUUUUUUAUCUGGCUUUUGUCUUUUUGAUCAUAUAGUAAAACUGGUCUGGUCCACUGGAGAUCAGACUGGGCUGAAUGUGGAACCUGAACUAGAAUGACUUGGACACCCCUGAUCUAAAACCUCUCAUUUUUCUUAAUUUGCAGAUGGUUUCAUGAUCUAGAGCAGUAUCAGGUGCACUAUAUUAUAUUAUAUUAUAUUAUUUUAUAUGUCCAUAUCGUACUAUUAAAGAUAUAUUCAUCCAUUCUGUACUAACUCUGACUGCACACUGUUGUUUGUUUUAUACAAAAUAAAAUCAUACAUAGGUAA